GGAAACUAAGCGCGCGUUGGUUUGAAUGGAAGAUGGCCGCCUUUCACAUAAAAUUGAUCAGUAAAACAACUUUAUUUUAACUAACAGUGUAAACUAUUUAAAAAAAAUAGUGAAAAAAUUCUUUUGAAGGGAAUAAGUGGUUUAAAAGUGUAUCCAACAGUGAAUUUUAACCGGAACUGUGUUAGUGUGUAUGGUGAAAGUUUUCUGUAUAAGAUAGUGCGUUGCCUUCUACAUUCAAAAUAUUUCCUUUUGAAUAAUCAGCUGAUCUUUUGGGAUAAUCUAUUUCCCUGUACAAAUGUGAUCGUGCGGGCACCACCCAAUCAAUAGUAAAGUAGAACAAAAAGUUAUAACGUGACGUCGCGUGAUGUAGCCGGUGUGACGUCACGACAGAAACAAGAUGGCGCGGGGAAGAUGGCGGACAGGCUGCCGUGCUGUGCUGCUCGCGAUAUGCGUGCAGAUUGUCUAUGGUUACGAAGAGACCUACACAAUAUCGCAGCUAUCACCAAAAUCAGCCGUCAAUGAAAAACUACAUGGCAACGUAUUACUACAAACAAGUAAUGUAGAAAGCUUCUUUAAUUUAGAACCUAGUGCCAAAUAUGACGACAUCGAAGAACGAGAAGAACAACCAGAAGAUUUAACAGACGACUCUGAGUACCAUUUGAUAGUAGAAAGAUCAGCAGACCCUAACAGAGGUAUACGAUCUAUAAACACAGACGAAAUACAGACAUCGAAUAACAAUGAAAUCGACAACGAAUUAGAUAUACACAAGAGGAAAUACAACGAAAUAGUUCCAACGAAAACUGUUAGUUACAUACGAGAUGAGGAAGAUAUGAUGAUGUCUUCAGGGUUUGGGGAUAAGUUAGAGUUUAGGUUUCCGGGGGAAGAGAAGAGGGUCCCGAAAGGUCGUGCACUAGCGCCUACGGGGCCCAAAAUCCGACCCUCAGCAGUGCAACCCCCGACGUUCGCAACGGCGAACUUUAACCAAGGCCGUCAGAAUACAGAAAUCCAAAACAUUAUCACAGGUAUCGUUAAACUUUUAAACGGAAAUGUUAACGUGCAAGCCAAUACACAGUUACUCAAUGGUAGACCACGUCCCCUUGCUUCAAGGAUUAACAACCGUGGCCCACCACGUAUAUCUGAUGUCCCCCCAAUACCAGAAUUUGAUAAACCAAUAACACCACCACCACAUUCUUACCAUCCAACAAAAAUUCCACCACCGUAUCCAUUUGAUAGACCCCCUGGUGUCAAUUUACAAGAUCAAAUUGGACCACCUAUGUCUAAUCGACCAAGUUUUCAUAGACCUUUACCUCCAUGGCAGCGUAGACCAAGACCACCAUACAACCGUAGACCGAAUCCUGGACUACCAGUUUAUAAACCCACUCUGAUCCCACCACCAGAUAACCCAGACGAUAACAAAGACGAAUUCACUUUUAAUGAAAACGAAAGCCAUUCGGAAAACAAUAUACAUGAUCAUAAUAAUCAUCGCGAUGAUAUACUUGCAUUUAUAACUACUGAAACAACAACUGAACUCAGAAAUGUCACAGAGGAUACAGAAAAAGAGAAUCAAGUCACUAAUGCCCCUGAAACUACUACUACAAUUAAAACAACUACUAGUUCAACUACUACAACGACUACAGAAGCAACUACAACAUCAACUACUGAGAAAACAACAGAAAAACCGAAACCCACGGAAACAACGACACAGAAAACUACAACAGAAAAGCCUAAGACUGAAAAACCUGUUAAAGCUGAAAAAGAUAAGAAAAAAGAUCAACUCAUACCAGAUAAAGAUAGAUUAAAAGAUAAAUAUAAAAUUGAAGAUAAACCUACUGAAAAACCAACAGAAAAACUAGAUAAAAAUGAAACUAUAGUUAGUAUAGUGAGUAACAUUCAACCAGUACUAGAACCAUCGGUUGUUGAGACUCCAACGUCUACUGUACUAUCCAUUGCUGCUCCAACACCAACUGAAGGGUUAAUAAGCCAUGCACCAGCCAGCAGUGAAUCUACAACUGUACAUAUUGAUAUUAAGACGUCAUCAAUUAACACUCAGCCUUUACCAACAUCUCAAGGUAUACCAUACCAGCCGUACCGUCCUCGUCCUGGUAUAGUCCUGGACGACACCGACUUCAAACCCCAUGGUUCUCGGUACAGACCCCCUGAUGCUCCCAUCAUCACAGCGGCGGAGACCCACUUGCCAGGGUAUGGUGAGAUCUUCGAUGUGACUGUCUCCGCUAUACAGGGACCUGGCGAGAAAGGAGGACCUGUACACGUAGAAAACAUCAACCUUCAUCACACAGAGCACGACAUCAUAGUAUCACCAUCUGGUGACCAAGGCUUCGUCUCCAUAGAUGGCAAGAGGACGUACCUCAAUCUCUUCGACACUCCAACCACAUCCAUAACACCAACCAAGGUCCAGGCUGCUCAUCAGACGCCAUCAUCACACUCAACCCUGGGACCCUCGCUGGGCACAGGGGUGGCGAUACCAGCAGACGACACCCCGCUACCCUCACCCCCGCCACCACCCAGGAGACCAGCACACCCUCACACUCAUUCUGGGCCCGGGCACAGACCACAUACUUACAGACGUCCACAACCAACUGUCAGAAUUGACACUUGUAUAGUUGGGGACGAUUCCACAUGUGAUCAGGCACAAAACGAAAAAUGCAGGACUGAAGCAGGUAUUUCCAGCUGUCAAUGCCGUCCGGGAUACGCUAGAAGAAUACACAGGGAUCCCUGUAGAAGAGUUGUCUCUCUUAUAAUGAAUUUGAGGGUAGACAGAAUUUAUGAUAGAAAGGUUGCCUGGGACGCCAAAUUGGCUGACAAAGAAUCUGAUCCUUACCAACAAAUGAGCUACGAAGCUGUUAGAGCUAUCGACUCAGCGUUUUCAAUGACUCCAUUCUCGGAUGACUUCGUGAGUGGAACAGUCAAUUCUAUUCACAAGGGAGACGAAGACCAUAGAGGGGUCUACGUCAAUUAUACUGUUUUGAUGCAAGAAACCCCGGAAACCCUACGCUCUUCAGUUGCGACGGAUAUACAGAAACAUAUAAUUGGCGUUAUACGCCGAAGAUCCAAUAAUGUUGGUGCUUCAGCGCUUUGGGUAGACAGUGUGGCGGGCAGCGUACUGCCUUUAGUGGAUCUGGACGAGUGUUCUAAUUCAGACCUAAACGACUGUCACGCGCUUGCCAUUUGCACCAAUACUUGGGGCGCUUUCAGAUGCGCUUGUCCUGAUACGACACUGGACGUAUCGACAGUCGCGCACAGGUCAGGCCGCGACUGUCGCGCGUGCGCCGCGUCGCACUGCAGCGAACGCGGCGUCUGUCGUUACGCGAAUGGGCAGCCUUAUUGCACGUGCACCUCCGGUUACUACGGGUCCACGUGUGAGAUGGACGGCGAAGUGAUAGGGGUGGCGGUGGGGGCUUCCCUCGCAGCCGCGUUGGUUAUUGCGCUAACUUUAGCUGCUCUAUUAUCUUGGAGCCGAAAAUGGUCGCGCGAACAGAAAGCAAUGGGCAUGGGAUCUCCUGUGUUCAACUACAUGACAGCUAACACCAUCAAAACUCCGCCCGUCGGACAACCGCCGUACCAGGUAACGCUUGAGGAGAGGAUGCGUUGGGCUCAAAUAGCUGAAGCUAUGGUGCAGGCGAACCACUAUGCGCAAGCGGACCACACAGCAACGAUGGCGACUCGGCCGUCUUCAGCCAUGUUUGGGGGCUAUCCCACACUACCGCCUGUGCCUUUGCCCAGGAUGGGCAUCCAUGGUGGCCAUCACACGGGUACUAUGAAUACGUCACGAGCCAAUACUGCCGCCUCACAUCACAACUUAUAUGGUUACACAAACCACAUGGCGUCAGAGUCCACGAGCUCUGAAGCAUCAAGCCACGUCCAGGAGCGAGCUGAUCUGUUGGUACCACGGCCAAAGUCGCGCGCUCGCAGUAUGCAUAACCAGAACAACAUAUACUAUGACGUGGACUAUGAGAACGCUCCUGAGCCUAUAUACGGGAGUAAAGGAAUACCAUUGUCUACCUACACCAUCAGUAGAGGACCGCCUUUUUAUAGACAAUAAUACCUUUUUAAAGACAAUAAACAAUAUAAAUACAGGUUAUUAUUGAAGGCAUUAUUAUUUGAGUGUAAUUAGAAUGCUGGCAAAAAUUUAGCACUAUUAUAAAUACUACUUAGACAAAAUCCAUUGCCAGUAACCAUUUGAGGUAUACUUGUAGAUAAAGGGCCGAUUUUUUAACCGAUUUUUUAUCUGAGGGAUUUUGUGGUUGACAGUUUUUUAUAGUAAAUCUGUAAAAACGUCGAAAUUAUUCCUCAGAUAAAAGUUAUAUUUUGACGAUUGAAAAAUCUUGCCUUAGUGUUUUAGGGCUGAUUUUUCGAUCGUCAAAUAACUUUUAUCUGAGGAAUAAAGAAUGCUUGACAGUUUUUGUAUCCGAAAUCUAUCAAUACGCCAAAUUUACUCCUCAGAUAAAAGUUACGAUUGAGAAAUUGGCCCCUAGUAUUUUUUAAACCCGCAAUGUAUAACGUGCAAAACUCGAAGUCAAUGCCCCGCCUACGACGCGCACCUCAUUUAACCCCGCAGCAUCUAUCUACGUAACGUUCGUUGACCUCUAGUGUCAGUCAGAUGAUUUAUUUGCGAUACAUUGCAAACUUUUUAAAAAUACACGGGUUUUAAAUCAUUUCUUUCGUGUUUUCUUUGUGAUAUAUCAUUAAUCAUCAGUAGUUUCACCUAUCUACGUUUUUGUUAGCGUUUUAAUUACAGCCUGUAUUGCAGAUGUAGAGUUGAUAUACCUACAUAGUUUCAUAGUCAGAAGAAAUCAAGCGGCCUGGGGGUGAGAUCUCUGACUUUGCUUAGAUUUAAGACAGAGUUAAAACGAGACAGACGUAUAUCUUUCACAUAAAUCUGUCUCGUUUUAACUCAAUCUUGAGUCUAAGCAAAAUCAAGUGCAGUCUAUAGAUCUGACCCUGAAAUCGAGCUUUCAUCAAAAAUGCUGUCGUAUUCUUUUGUAAUAUAACAAAACUAGAGGAUGCCCGCGACUUCGUCCGCGUGGAUUUAGAUUUUUAUAGAUCCCGUGGGAAUUGUUUGAUUUUCCGGGAUAAAAGUAGCCUAUGUCCGUCCCCGGGAUAUAAGUUAACCC